AUGGGAGUUUGGAUCGGCCUGAGUUUUGAUUCAGCUGAAGUUACAGCAGACGGGUAUUGCCCAGCUUGCAGAGAGAAGGGAAAAUUAAAAACCUUAAAGACUUACUGAAUUAGUUUUGAAGAAUCUAUCUUUUUGUGUGAGGAUCUGCAGUGCAUCUUUCCUUUGGGCUUUAAAUCACUUCAUAACUUAAUUUCUCCUGAUUCAGAAGAUUGUCACAGUCCAAGUAAGCCUCAAAAAAGAAAGAUCUUGGAAACCAGCUGUGAAGAUUUACUUCUUUUAGCAAAUUCUAAAAAGACUAGAAAUCAUACUGUUACUGAUGGUGAGCAGAUUUUGGACAGCAAACAAAAUGGGAAAGUAUAUGAUGAAAACUCAUCAAACUUACCUGACAGUAAUAGUCAGCAGAAUCCUGUUAGGACAGAUGAUUCCUCGGAGCAGGAUGGGAUUUUGGAAACUGAUGUUGACUUGCCUACUGAAAAAGACCCUGCUACAGUUGAUGUCUCUGAUGGACCUCACCUCCACCACAUUGCUCAUGGAAAUGAAAAUGAUGUUUCUUCAGCAAACCACAGAGAUUCAGUUGAAGGUCAGAUUCAUAAACUUCGUCUAAAACUUCUAAAAAAACUAAAGGCCAAAAAGAAGAAGUUAGCUGCUCUUAUGUCUUCCCCCCAAAAUAAAUCUGGAUGUACUACUAAUGCUUCCCCAUACAGUAGUCAAACUCAUGAGGAGAUUUUAGCAGAAUUACUGUCUCCUCCAACUGCUGUUUCAACAGAGCUCUCAGAAAAUGGAGAAGUGGACUUUAGAGUAUCUCCUAUAUUCAUGGUGCACUUUGUUGAAGGCUUACCACAGAGUGACUUGCAACACUAUAAAUUUCAUUUUGAAGGCUGUCUUUAUCAGAUCACGUCUGUAAUUCAGUACCAAGCAAAUAACCAUUUUAUAACAUGGAUUUUAGAUGCUGAUGGAAGUUGGCUGGAAUGUGAUGACUUAAAAGGCCAGUGUUCUGAAAGGCAUGAGAAAUUUGAAGUUCCUGCAUCAGAGAUACACAUUGUUAUUUGGGAAAGAAAAACAUCUCAAGUGACAGAUGAAGGAGCUUCCUACCUCCCACUUAAGACUGACGUUCACUCUUUCAGUGAUGAGACACCUGUAUGUCCAGUGUCCUGGUGUGUUGGUGAUGCCACCUCAGCUGAGAUGUCCUUGAUAGCUCACCCAGAGAAUGUGUCAGUUACUCUUCACACUCUUCCACAGGAUGAAACUGUAGCUCCUAAAAGCCACUUACUUCCAGAUCCAGAGGUCGACAAUAAUUUACCCUUGACACUUGAAGAAACUACCCAGAAAACUGCUUCAAAUUUUCAAGUUAACUCUGAAACAUUGCUAUUAGAAAAUAAACCGGUGACAGAAAAUACACAAAUUGGCCGAACAAAUGCUUUCCAAACACAAGAAUCACUAACGGCUUCUUCAGAGUCAGUGCUGUGUAAUGAAAAGCUUAUACAAGACCAAUUUGUGGAGUUAAGCUUUCCAUCUCAAGUUAUAAAGACAAACACGCAAUCACUACAGCUGAAUGCAAACGAUAAUGUAAUUACUAACUCUGUGGAUCACAUUCAUGCUCCUGGUUUUAUACAGGGAGUGCAGUCAGUAGAAUUGGAGGACACUCAGUCAAAACAGAUCCUUACACCAAAAAGUGAGAAAUUAAAACCAGAGCAUGUUACAGCUCAGGUAUCUAAUUUGAAGAAAAAAGAAACUGUAGCACAUUCUCAGAUCGUAACAGUUAAGUCAUUACAGGAUCAGACUCUGAAAGAAAGUCAGAAGAAACCAUUUGCGGGAAGUUGGGUUAAAGGCUUAUUAAGCAGGGGUGCUUCUUUUAUGCCACCUUGUGUUUCAGCUCAUAAUAGAAGUUCUAUAACUGAUUUGCAGCCUUCAGUUAAAGGGGCAAAUAAUUUCGGUGGCUUUAAAACUGAAGGCAUAAACCCAAAGGCUAAUCGGGUAUCCAGGAAAGCCCACAGAAAAGCUAGUAAGCGUCCUGUAGCCAAUGAGACUCCCCCAACUCCUCUGCCGUCAGGCAGCACAGCUGCUCAGCUUCCUGCCGAUGUGACAGCUGCCUCUGAAGUUGAAAAGUGUGAAAGCACCUCAGAUGGACCUCACCUCCACCACAUUGCUCAUGGAAAUGAAAAUGAUGUUUCUUCAGCAAACCACAGAGAUUCAGUUGAAGGUCAGAUUCAUAAACUUUGUCUAAAACUCCUUAAAAAACUAACGGCCAAAAAGAAGUUAGCUGCUCUGAUAUCUUCCCCCCAAAGUAAACCACUUCCAAGUGGACAUUCAGAACAUACUCCCGAUUGUGGGUCUCCAAAUGAUUGUGAUCUAGACUUGCUAAAUGAGCUACAGUAUCAAAUUGAUAUUGCAGAUAAAUCUGGAUGUACUACUAAUGCUUCCCCAUACAGUAGUCAAACUCAUGAGGAGAUUUUAGCAGAAUUACUGUCUCCUCCAACUGCUGUUUCAACAGAGCUCUCAGAAAAUGGAGAAGCGGACUUUAGGUAUUUGGAAAUGGGAGAUAACCAUGUCCCAGCAACAGUACCUCAUGAAUUAAAUUAUGUUUCCCAGGACACACAUCUGAGACAGGAACAUAAUUAUUGCAGCCCCACCAAGAAAAAUCAAUGUGAAGUUCAGCCAGGCUCACUAACAAAUAAUGCCUGUAUCAGAACAUUAAACUUGGAAAAUUCCAUGAAGACUGAUAUUUUUGAUGAGUUUUUUUCCACUGCAGCAUUAAAUUCUUUAGCAAAUGACACAUUAGACUUACCUCAUUUUGAUGAAUAUCUGUUCGAGAAUUGUUGAAUGCUUGUUAACUUUUUUGAGUUCAAUAUUUAUUAUUGCUCUUAGAAAAACUGUGUUUUCAAGUAGUAUUUAUAUACCAGUCUUGUGUAAUAACCAUG